UUUAAAGAAAGGCAGGCUCUGCCUGCUUCACUCCUUCCUCUCUUCUACCUGGAUGCAGCUACUUCUCUUUCUCUUCCCUGUCGUUUAACUUUGCUCCUCUUUUCCGCCGCUGUGCACGACGGAUUUACGCGUGUAAACAUGGCCGGGGCGAUUAUCGAGAACAUGAGCACCAAGAAGUUGGUGAUCGUUGGAGUUAUCUUGCUUUUAUUCCAGGCGUUUUCGUUCAUGGUCGGAGGGCUGAUUGCUCCCAGUCCCACCACUGCCAUCCACUACAUGGCCACAAAGUGUGUGGACAACGCGAAAAGCCAUUCUCAGAGCAAGUGGUUCAUGCCCUGGGGUCCAAACCAGUGUCAUAAAAUCAGAGACUUUGAUGAGGCCACGGCCAAGAGGAUCGAGGCCAACAACAUCGUCUUCGCUGUGCACAUUCCUAUGCCUAACAAAGAGAUGAGUCCCUGGUUCCAGUUCAUACUGGUCAUCCUUCAGUUCGACAUUGCCUUCAAAAUGUACAACCAGAUUGAGGAUGGAGCAGUGGUCACUGUAGAUGUCGGGCUGGCCUAUAGAGACGACGGUCUGAGUGAAUGGACGGAGAUGGCUCACUCUGUUGAACUGCGUAAGCUCAACUGCAAUUUCACCACCCCCAAGACUAUUGAUAACGAAGGUCGCUAUUAUGAAUGUGACCUAAUGCCCUUGAUGGAGAUUGGCUGUGUGUUCCACAAGUACUACCUUCUCAACAUCCGCUUACCUGUCAUUGAGCGUAAGAAGGUGAACGUGGGAAUCGGAGAAAUCAAGGACAUCCGCCUGGUGGGCAUCCAUCAGAAUGGUGGCUUCACAAAGGUUUGGUUUGCCAUGAAGACCUUCCUCACCCCCAGCAUCCUCAUCAUCAUGAUCUGGUACUGGAGAAGGAUUACCAUGAUGUCAAGACCUCCAGUGCUGCUGGAAAAGGUUAUCUUUGCUCUGGGAAUCUCCAUGACCUUCAUCAACAUCCCAGUGGAAUGGUUCUCCGUUGGGUUUGAGUGGACGUGGAUGCUGCUCUUCGGAGAUAUUCGUCAGGGAAUCUUUUAUGCCAUGCUGCUCUCAUUCUGGAUCAUCUUCUGUGGAGAACAUCUAAUGGAUCAGACGGAGAGGAACCGUUUCUCCGUGUACUGGAAGCAGGUUGGGCCAAUCGUCUUUGGCUCCUUCUGCCUCUUCAUCUUCGAUAUGUGUGAGAGAGGAGUGCUGUUAACCAAUCCCUUCCACAGCAUCUGGGCCUCAGACGUAAGGACAGAACUGGCUAUGGCCUUCAUCAUCGUGGCUGGAAUCUGCGCCUGCCUCUACUUCCUGUUCCUGUGCUUCAUGGUGUUCCAGGUGUUCCGGAACAUCAGUGGGAAGAGGACGUCUCUGCCUGCCAUGACCAAAGCUCGCCCCCUGCAUUACGAGGGCCUGAUUUUCCGUUUCAAGUUCCUGAUGCUGGUGACUCUGGCGUGUGCAGCCAUGACCGUUAUCUUCUUCAUCAUCAGCCAGGUGAAUGAGGGUCACUGGCACUGGGGAGAUUAUACAGUCCAGGUGAACAGCGCCUUCUUUACCGGCAUUUACGGCAUGUGGAACCUGUAUGUGUUCGCCCUGAUGUUCCUGUACGCACCGUCACACGAAUGCUAUGGAGACGAGCAGUCCAGCGUCAUCAUGGUGAUCCAUAAGGAGUUUGAGGCAGCAGGGAAGGAGCCUGGUCUGAUGAUCUGGCGCAUCGAGAACAUGGACCUCAAGCCUGUUCCCAAGAACUUCUACGGCAACUUCUACACCGGAGACGCCUACCUGCUGCUGUACACCACCCGAGCGCCCUCCUACUGCAUCCACAUGUGGCUGGGAGAGGAAUGUUCUCAGGAUGAAAGUGGAGCAGCUGCCAUCUUUUCCGCCCAGCUGGACAACUACUUCGGCGGGAAACCAGUGCAGUACCGUGAGGUCCAGAAUUACGAGUCCCUCACUUUCCAGGGCUACUUUAAAUCAGGGAUCAAGUAUAAGAAAGGUGGUGUUGCAUCGGGGUUCCAUCAUGUAGUCACCAAUGAGGCGAAUGCGAAGUGUUUGUUGCACGUUAAGGGCAGAAGGGUCAUCAGAGCCACUGAAGUGGACUUUUCCUGGGCCAGCUUCAACAAGGGAGACUGCUUCAUCGUAGAUCUGGGCAAGGACAUCUAUCAGUGGAGAGGCAGUGAGUGUAACCGCUUUGAGACGGUGAAGGCCUCUCAGGUGGCCAUCGAUAUCUGUGACAACGAAAGGAACGGAAGAGCCAAGCUGCACAUGGUGGAGGAGGGGGCGGAGCCACAGGAGAUUAUUGAUGCUCUGGGCCCCAAAACCACCAUCGCCCCAGCCACACCGGACGAUGAGAAGGUGGACACGUGCAACAGGAAGAAGGGGGCGCUGUACAUGAUAUCUGAUGCUACUGGUUUCAUGAAGACGUCUGUGGUGGCACAAUCGAGUCCAUUCAAACAGGCCAUGCUGUCGCUUGAGGAGUGCUACAUCCUGGACAACGGCGUGGAUAAUAACGUGUUUGUUUGGAAAGGUCAAAAUGCUAACGUCGCAGAGCGCAAAGCAGCCAUGAAGGUCGCACAGCAUUUCAUCAAAGAGAAGAAUUACUCCAGUAAAACGCAGAUCCAGGUGCUGCCAGCAGGGGGCGAAACCACUCUAUUUAAGCAGUUCUUCUCUGACUGGAAGGAUAAGGACCUGACCACGGGCCCAACCAAGGCUUACACCAUCGGCCGAAUCGCAAAGGUGGAGCAGGUCCCCCUCGACGCCUCCACCCUGCACUCCAACAAGGCCAUGGCCGCCCAGCACAGCAUGGUGGACGAUGGAUCUGGGAAAGUUCAGAUCUGGCGCGUGGAGGGAGGAGAGCGGGUCCCGGUUGACCCCACCUCAUAUGGUCAGUUUUACGGAGGAGACUGUUACAUCAUUCUGUACAGCUACAAACAGGGCAGCCGAGAGCAGCACAUCAUCUACACAUGGCAGGGCUUGAAGAGCACACAGGACGAGCUCGCUGCCUCUGCCUUCCUCACCGUCCAGCUGGAUGACUCCAUGGGUGGAGCUCCUGUCCAGGUACGUGUGACCCAGAGCCAAGAGCCUCCCCACCUGAUGAGCAUAUUUAAGGGGAAGCCCAUGAUCAUCCACAGCGGAGGCACGUCUCGCAAAGGUGGCCAGACCCAGGCAGGCAGCACACGACUCUUCCACAUCCGCACCAGCACCGCCAAGGCCACCAGGGCUGUAGAGGUGCAAUCUUGUGCAUCCAAUCUGAACUCCAAUGAUGUGUUUGUGCUGAAGACCCCCAACUCACUGUUCGUGUGGAAGGGUGUGGGGGCCAGUGCAGAGGAAGUGGGCACUGCUAAGCAUGUGGUCACCUUCCUGGGAGGAAAGCCCACCGAUGUGGCGGAAGGCAAAGGGCCAGCGGGAUUCUGGGCGGCUUUGGGAGGAAAGAAGGAGUAUCAGAGCUCCAAAGCUCUGCAGAAAACCAUCAAACCACCACGACUGUUCGGCUGCUCCAACAAGACCAGCCGGCUAGUGGUUGAGGAGGUGCCUGGAGACUUUACCCAGUCUGACCUGGCCACUGAUGAUGUCAUGCUGCUGGACACUUGGGAUCAGAUCUUCCUCUGGGUCGGCAAAGACGCCAAAGAGGUAGAAAAGACCGGUGCACCAAAAACAGCUAAAGAGUAUGUGGACUCUGACCCCUCCGGGCGACAUGGCAUCCCCAUCACUACCGUUAAGCAGGGGGCCGAGCCCCCCACCUUUACUGGCUGGUUCCAGGCCUGGGACGCCCAGAUGUGGGACACUGACCCUCUGGAGAGGAUCCGCGCCCGAUUCUAACUCUCAAAUCUCUUCUUAUGCUCUUUAUUUUUGUUCAUUUGUACUUAGCGAGCCUGCUGCGCGAACAGCUACUUUCACAGAUUUCCACAUCACAGACGGUUCCUUCUGCCGAGGUCAUCGGAACUGAUCUGCUGUCAACUCAUGCAAAUUUGAACUGUUACUCAGUAAUAAUACCCACAUUGUUCAUGGCCUGGUUUCCCAAAAGCACUGAAGAACAAAGAUCACAGUCAGUUCUGUCAGUAAUAAACUACAGCUGAUUAUUUUGACUGUUAUUUGAGUAAGCAGUUUUUAUAAAUAGGCCUAACAAAAACACUUACCUGUUGCCAACAAUUGCAUAAAAGGGGUGUGUCCAUCAGGCUCUGUUAAGAGAGAGCAGUAAGAGAAUUUAAAGUAUGCAUUAUCAUGCUAAUUGCCAACCAAUUGCUCCAGAUUCAUCAAAACAUUUGAAUGAAUAAUUAUUUUGUAUCAGUGGGUUAUUAAUCGAUUAAUCAUGACAGCCAGUAAAGAUCAUCUUAACAGUACAGUACUUUUAGGAAACUGGCCGUACAUAAACUGGUCCCACUUCGUAUUGUGUCUCUAAUAACUGUGUAGUUA